AAAGAGUAACGGAGAUAUGGUAAGCGGCGACGGCGAUAAUAACAGAGCGGAGGCGGAUCAGUGGCUUGCUACAUCGGAGAAGCUCUUGGCCUCAAGUGACUUUCAUGGAGCUAAGACAUUUGCGAUCCGUGCAUGCGAAGCUGACCCGUCUCGAACAGACGCAGCUGACUAUAUCGUCGCCAUCGCCGACACUCUCCUCGCCUUAGAAACUACGAUCGGAGAUUCGAAAGUAACAGACUGGUACGCGGUACUUCGACUCAGCCGCCUAACCCAAAACCCCGAACACGUCGCGACUCAGUACCGUAGACUCACUCUUCUCCUCAAUCCCAAUGUCAAUCGUCUCCCUUUCGCCGAUCAAGCGCUUAAGCUAGUCUCCGAUGCUUGGUUAGUCCUCUCUGAUCCUCCAAGGAAAUCAAUGUAUGAUCGAGAGUUUAAGCUGAGUCAAUUUGGUCAACCUUAUAGUUAUAGCCAAUCAGAGCAAUUUCAAGAUUCGCCAUUGCAGAGCCAAGGUGAGACCAUGGAGAAUCCUACGGCUACGAGCUUCUGGACUGCUUGUCCUUAUUGUUUUUCACUUUUUGAGUACCCAAAGGGUUACGAGGAAUGCACAUUGAGGUGUCAGCAAUGUAGGAAAGCGUUUGAAGCGGUUAAAACGCAAACGCCACCAGUGGAGAGUAAUGGUGAAGGCGUUUACUUUUGUUCUUGGGCUAUGUUCCCUGUAGGGUUAUCAAGUCAUGCUAAAACCUCUAAUUGGUCGCCAAUUUCACAUCUUUCCGUCUGCACAGGGCAAAGAUCAUGUGAUCAGCAAUCGAAGGCUCUUCCACGAAACCAUGAUGCUGAUGAUGUUGACAUAUAUAUUACAAUUUCUGAUGAUGAUUAAAGAUAUAUGAUGCAAAGAAAAACAAGUAGGCAAAUGUUGCACAUGAUAAUCUCAAGGCUACUUGGUGAAAAGUAAAGCUUUGUUUUUCAUUCUUUUCUCUCUGUCUUUUGUUUGUUGUGUGGUUCACUUAGUUCCUUAGGUUGUAUGUAUUGCUAGCUGAUGUUUAUAACUAGUAGAAACUGCUCUAAUUUUGAUUCGUUUGUGGAAUCAAUGUUAGAUGGAAUCUGUUGAUGUAUUUUGGUGCGAAUUACGCUUUUGGUAUAUAAUCUUUUGUAUCAUAUAAGUUAAUAACCAUAAACUGCUUUUGUGUGGCA